UCCACACCGAAGAACAGCGAGGCACUGGGGCAGGAGCCGUGGGGAUCGCAGUGGCCCCUCCGUGGCAGACGAGAUGAAGCAGUUCUUCUUCCUCCUUGGACUCAUCGGCAGCUCCUUGCAGAUUGAAGACAACAAGAUCCCUGGGCUGUGCUCAGGGCAGCCGGGCAUCCCAGGGACCCCAGGCCUGCAUGGGGGCCAGGGCCUGCCAGGCAGAGAUGGACGAGAUGGCCGGGAUGGGGCUAUGGGAAUGCCAGGGGAGAAGGGCGAGAUGGGCCCACCUGGACCCCCCGGUCCCCGUGGGGAGGUGGGCAGCCCCGGCAUGGACGGAGCACACGGUGAGAAGGGUGCUCAGGGAGCCUGUGCGGUCGCCCCCCGCUCAGCCUUCAGCGCCAAACGCUCCGAGUCCCGCAGCCCCCCGCUGCCCGACCAGCCCAUCCGCUUCGACGUGGUGCUCAUCAACGAGCAGGGCCACUAUGACCCCACCACGGGCAAGUUCACCUGUGAGGUGCCCGGCCUCUACUACUUCGCCGUCCACGCCACGGUCUACCGCGCCAGCCUCCAGUUUGACAUCAUGAAGAACGGGCAGUCCGUCGCCUCCUUCUUCCAGUACUACGGGAACUGGCCCAAGCCCACCUCGCUCUCGGGGGGGGCUCUGGUCCGCCUAGAGCCCGAGGACGAGGUGUGGGUGCAGGUGGGCGUAGGGGACUACAUCGGCUUCUACGCCAGCGUCAAGACGGACAGCACCUUCACCGGCUUCCUCGUCUACUCCUACUGGCAUAACUCCGCCGUCUUCGCCUGAGCCUGCCCUCGGUGCAGCCGGGGAUGGAGCACAUGCCCCUUCCCUGACACUGUCCCCUCCCCGGGGGGCCAAACAGUGCCGGGGUUGGGCUGUGUGGGAGCCAGGACCCCAGGACCCCCACUUUGCUCCGCUGCCCACGGUGCAGGGCAGGAAUGGGGCCCCCUCUGCCGCCCCGGGGGCGGUGGGCAGCACCCCGUCAGCUGCGCUGUAGAAGAGCUGAGUAUUAUCUCGGGCACACCCGUUUGGUGGGCAAGGCGGCCACCCCGGCCCCUUCCCUCCCUCCGUCACCCUCAAUAAAGGGCUCUCA